AUGAGAGAUCCAGAACCCUGCAGAAUCAAACACACUGAAGAUACUGAAGAACUAACAGAGCUGAUGGAAGAGAGCGAGGAGAGUGAAGAACUGAGUGAAGUGGAGGAGAAACAUCAUGACAAACCUGGAGAAAAACCCUUGAGUCGCUCAAACUCUAAAAAGACAUUUUUAAAGAAAUCUUUCAGCUGCACUCAGUGUGGAAAGACUUUGACAAGCAAACGUAAUCUUGAUGUUCACAUGAGAAUCCACACCGGAGAGAAACCGUUCACAUGCGAUCAGUGCGGGAAGAGCUUCACACAGAAAGCACACUUUCAAGGACACAUGAGGAUUCACACAAGAGAGAAACCUUACACAUGUGAUCAAUGCGGCAAAACGUUUCUGUGGGCUUCAUGCCUGAAGACACACCUGACAGUUCAUACAAAGGAGAAGCCGCAUUCAUGUUCUUUGUGUGGAAAGAGUUUUUCACUGCUGCAUCAUCUGAAAGAACAUCAGAAAACACAUAAUGAUGUGAGAGACUACAUGUGCUUUGAGUGUGACAAGACUUUUACAAAAGCGAACUAUUUAAAACUGCAUCAGAUGAUCCACACUGGAGAAAAACCUUAUAAGUGUUCACACUGUGACAAGAGAUUCAGUCAGGCAACACAUCUGAAAUCACACGAGAGGAUCCACAGCAGAGAGAAACCACACACCUGCACUCAGUGUGGAAAGACUUUGACAAGCAAACGUAAUCUUGAUGUUCACAUGAGAAUCCACACCGGAGAGAAACCGUUCACAUGCGAUCAGUGCGGGAAGAGCUUCACACAGAAAGCACACUUUCAAGGACACAUGAGGAACCACACAGGAGAGAAGUCAUAUGGAUGUGAUCAGUGUGAGAAGAGUUUCACACACAAACACAGUCUUAAUGUUCACUUGAGAGUUCAUUCUGGAGAGAAACCGUUCACAUGCGAUCAGUGCGGGAAGAGCAUCACACAGAAACAACAUCUUACGGGGCACAUGAGGAUCCACACGGGAGAAAGGCCGUAUGCAUGCGAUCAGUGCGGGAAGAGUUUCACACAUUCAUCAUACCUUCCUCUUCACAUGAGGAUUCACACAAGAGAGAAACCUUACACAUACUACAUGUGCUUUGAGUGUGACAAGACUUUUACAAAAGCGAACUAUUUAAAACUGCAUCAGAUGAUCCACACUGGAGAAAAACCUUAUAAGUGUUCACACUGUGACAAGAGAUUCAGUCAGGCAACACAUCUGAAAUCACACGAGAGGAUCCACAGCAGAGAGAAACCACACACGUGUGAUCAGUGCGGAAAGAGUUUCACUGUUAAACACAACCUGAAGCGACACAAGAGGAUCCAUGCAGUGGAGAAACCAGAUCAGCGUGAUCCAUGUGAGGAGAGGUUCGUUCAGUUCUCUUCUUUAUUCUUUCAUACUAAAAACUGUCUGAAAUCACAGUAAGUAGUUCAUCUUUAUGUGCUGAGCAGUAAAGUC